UGAUCACAAUCACCUGUCAGGAUAAUGUCAUCAACAUAAACUACCAUAACAACUAUACAUUUGGAGGUAUUCUUGAUGAAUAGAGAAUGAUCAAACGGAGAUCUUUCAAAUCCACACCGUGAAACGACCUCAAAUUGUAACACUAGACUUCUGUAGGUGGAACGGAUCGGGUCCAGACCCAAACCCAAACCCACUUGCAUGUUAGCCUGACGCCCUCUUCUCCCUCGUCUUUCCCUCUUCUCCCUCGUCUUCCUCUCAAUCCCCCUUUGUUGCCUCUCAUGCCAGCGCAAAGAAGAAGAAGAAGACGGAGGUUGGUGUAAUGCGGCAACGAGAACGGUGGCGCUGGCGCUCAGGUAAGGCUUCUGACUUCUCUCCGCCUCCUCCUUCCUCUUCCUUCUUCUCCUCCUCCCUCCUGCACAGCCUUCUCUCCUUUCCGUCAGCACCCUCCUUCUGCCCACACGAUUUCUCUCUCCCUCUCCCUCUUUGCUCAAGCUCUCUCCUCGUCCCUUCUGUCUCCUCCUCACCAUCUCCCCCAUGUCCCUCACUCGAUUUCCCCUCUCUGCUUGUCUCUCCCCUCUACCCGAACCCUCUCUCACUCGUCUUCAGCCACCCCUGCAGCUACCGUGGGGUUCUUCUAUCGACAAACCCCCCCUUUUUUUACCUCUCUUUCGCUAAAUCUUACCAUAUUUAUUGUUGUUGGAUUGGAUUGCAGUUUGGGGACACAAUUUUUCCUUAUAACAACGACUAGAAUGCGUUGGUGUGGCGGCAUUGAAGGAUUUUAGCCGCUUGAGGAUCACUCGAACUAGGGAGGUGGCUGUCGGGAGGACUGCAGCAGCUAAGACUUUGAAAUUGGGGUGAGGCUAAGACUUUGAAAUUGGGGUGAGCAAGGCCUAAUCAAGCCUAGAUGGUUGAAUAUUUUCUGUUGGAGCAUGUAUAAUUGUUGAUUGAGCAUGCUAGAAUUAAGAAUUGAUGAUUUAGGAUAUAUGUUAGCGACUUUGCUUUUUGGAGAAAGUCUAGGAUUAUUUUGGAGAUGCGAUGAUCCAUGCUUAUAAUGACCUUUUUAACAUGAUAAGUUGAUUCUCGAAGCUAUUGGGAAACAUGGUAGAGAUUUGAUGGGGUUAUGAAGAUUUAGAAUCAUUUUAGUGAACACGUGGCUCAUGCGAUUGUCGACGUUGUUGGUUGGGAGAGAGUAGGUAAGCGGAGUGUAAUUAUUGGGAAGACGUCUCAACUAUGGAAGCAAGGGAGAAACAUAUUAGUGAUUGGUUCAAUCGUAAGCGCAGAGCUUAAAUCAUUUGGUGACAACCUAAAGGAGUUGAGAAGAAGCCUAUUGGAGGGCUUUGUGGGUCGACACUACCAUUCGACACCUUCUUGAGGCGAUGGCAUGCCUCAAUGAUUAUAUUUUACACUUGUAUAUAUUGUAAAGUGAAAUAAGUAGAAAUCUUAUCACUUGCUUAUGUUUGCAAGUACACCGGGCACGUCCAGUUAGACCUUGAGCAACAAGACAUGAAGCUCGAAGCAUUUUGAAGUGUUUUGUGGAUGCGUGACAGGUAUGGCGGCAUUCCAGGCAAAUUUCUACCUGGGGCCAACAUGUGAAUGUGUGCUUUCGGGAUCAUGGGAUCCUACGAUUGUGAUGUGAAUAAACGAUUGUGUUGUGAGUGAAUGUAUGUAUGCAUGCGCAUGAUUUGCUAUGUGAUAAGUUUUGUUUUGGAAAGCUAUUAGAAGCUUGUUUUAAAAACUAUUACGCAUUUGCAUGUGCAUGCUCAAAUUGAUAACUGCUUAGGACAGAUGAGGUGGGGUAUCGAGUCGAGUAUCUCCUCGACCCCGAUUGUGCAUUAGAAAGCAUCCUAGAAUGGUAACUGUAUAGGACAACUACGAGUCAAUCACGGAUGGAGACUACUCUCUGGGAUUUGGCUAAGUUUUGAAAGAUGUGAACGAUGUAUUGGAUAAAUGUGAAUUUUGAUGAAUGUGAAUGUUGUGAAUUGUUGUAUAUACAUUGUCGUGAGCAAUAAUGCAAUUGAAUGAGAUUGAAAGGUAGUUGUACCCGUAUUGUUAUGACGGCUAGCUAAGAAUGUUAAUGAUAAGUGUAGCCCUCGUGUGGAGGCAAUUGGAGGUGUGGGUGCACUCGUGAAGUGAACCAACUUCAUGGGCUAGCCAGUCAUUUUGUAAAUGUGUAAUUAUAAUGAUAAGAAUGAAAGAAUAAGAGAUGAAAGGCCAAUGAGUUGUGGCAUUAUGUUUGGGAGUUGUCCCGCCUUCGCCACUAGUCUCGCAUGUUCAAAGACACAUUUAGAGCCAAUAAUAUCACAAUUUUAAGGAGGAUCAACCAAUUCUCAGGUACCACGCUGUAAGAGAGUAUGCAUCUCAUCUUGCAUGGCUUUUCGCCAUUUACAGUCUAGUAAUGUCUGUUGAUGACUAGUUGGUACAGUAUGAACUAUCAUAGGCUCAUAGCAUAAAGAAACUGUAGUAAGUUGUUAUCAAGGUGGUCAGUGGAAACAAAUUAUGAGAUAGGAUGCAUAGUACACUGUCUCUUGCCUUUGCGCAGGGCUAUAGGCAAGUCCUGAGAAGGAUCAAUGUCAGGUAUACUUACUUCAAUGGAGAUCACAUCCCAAAAAGAUUCUGAUGGUCGACCAUACAUCCCAAAAAGAUUCUGAUGGUCGACCAUGAGAGGGAUCCUGCCGACGAGUGUAUAUCAAUGGAGGGUCCUGAAACCUAUUCAUAGUCGGAGUAGGAGAGGGAAAAGACGGCAACAGGAUUGGAGGGAUAGGUAGAGGAAUAGGACAUGGCAUCUCAGAUGACACAGAAGUAGGACUGAGACUCAAAGAAAGUGACAUCCGCACUGAUAUACUCUUUGCGAGUUAUCGGAUCAAAGCACUUGUACCCUUUUUGGUUUCGAGGAUAGCCAAUGAAUACACACUUAAUGACUUGAGCAGCAAGUUUAUCACGUUUAGGCCCAAGGAUGUAAACAAAACAGGUACAGCCAAAUACUUUUGGUGCAACAGGAAGUAAGCUUCGAUUGGGAUAAACAAGUUUAAUCGGUAUUUUGUUGUCAAUAGAGGAUGACGGUAAACGAUUUGUCAGGUAACAAGGCAUGAGUAUGGCAUCACCCCAUAAGUAUGCAAGUAUAUGAUUAGAAGUUGCCUAUGUUUUCGUUCGACAAAUUCAUUCUAUUGUGAGGUAUGAGGACAUGUAAAUUGAGGAGAGAUACCAUUUUCAGCACAAAAGGUCAUUAAGAUAGAUGAUUUGAACUCAAGAGCAUUAUCAGUGCAAAUACACUUAACCAGAGAACCAAACUGAGUUUUUAUUUCAAUAAUCAUAUUUUUGAGAAUAGGUACUACUUCAAACCUUUCUUUCAAAAAAAAUACCCAACUAACUCGAGAGUAAUCAUCAACAACAACCAGAAAAUACGUAAACUUAGAUCGGUUAGCAACCUUGCUAGGACCCCACACAUCAACAUGAAGAAGAUCAAACAACCCUUGACUUGAUGGACUAAGACUCGAAGGAAAACUACUACGAGUAUUCUUGCCAAGUUGAGAGGCCUCACACUGAAACGACUCUGGGACUGAAAGGUGAGGUAGAAUGGAAAGGAGCUUGGACCCUGAAGGAUGACCAAGCCUGAGAUGCCACUAAAAGGGUGUAGAAUCUGAUGUAGAAGAUGUAGCAGCAAGAGCCAUAGGGGCUGACAGGAUGUAGACGCCCCCUUUUUCAUAGUCACCACCAAUAGUCUUCCUAGUUUGUAAGUCCUAAAAUGAGCAUGCACCAGGGUAAAAAAUAAUGCGACAGUGUAAAUCAGUAGUCAACUGUUUAACAGAAAGCAAAUGGGAUGGAAACUCAGGAGCAUAUAAGACAUGUGAAAUGAUCAUAGACUGAGAAAGUUUCACAUCUCCAUAACCCAAUAUAGGUGACAUUCUACCAUCUGCAAUUUUGACAUGACGUGGCUGAGAGAAUCUAUGCAACGUAAUGAACAAACUAGGUCUACUGCAGAAAUGUCUCGAUGCUCCUGAGUCAAUAAUCCAAGAGAUACUUGAAUCAGGCGUGGAUGUACCCGUAGAGAGAGCUCAAUCAAUCAAAGUAGUGGAAGCUGAAGCCUGUGAGCAAUGUUAUCCGUAUCGUACGAUACGAACGCGUAUCGUACGAUACGUAUCGUCCGUAUCAACGUUUUCGAUACGUUACACCUAUUAAAUACGAUACGCGUACGUAUCGUGCGAUACGGUGGGCGUAUCGCACGAUACGCGUACGUAUCGUGCGAUACGGUGGGCGUAUCGCACGAUACGUGCGAUACACCCCCGUAUCGCACGAUACGGGAGUAAAAUUUAAAAAGGGGCCGUCGGGCCCCUUUUUGCUUCUUAUUCUCAAACCGACGCUCCUCUCUCUCUCUCUUCUUGUUUCUCAACACUGCGAGGGACGUGGGAGGGAGAGAUUUUCUCCAUUGCAUCAAGAUUUGCCGGUGAAGAAGCUUCAUUUCUCGUUGUGGGGAGUCUUGGGACGGUGGGAAGCUUGGAGAAAGAGGGUUUUUUGGUUUUUAACACCAAGAAGGUAAAAAAUAACUCAUUUUUGCCGUUGAAUCGUUCAUUUCUCUUAUUUCCUACAUUUAUUUGUAUGUUUUUACUUGUUUUGUGAAGAUAUAAUGUCGGAUCCUGCAUGGCAGUGGUGUACAAGGGUGAAUCCCAAAGAUAGAUUAAGAGUUAAGUGCAAUUAUUGUAAGCAAAUCAUAUCAGGAGGGAUUUCUCGCUUUAAACACCAUAUAGCUGGUACACACAGCGAUGUGGCUGCUUGCAAUGGCUCCCAAGAGAUCCCAUUGCCAGCGUAUGUAAAGCACCAGUGUCAGCAGCUUCUUGAUGCAGUGAAAGCAAGUAGGAUUGAAAAGGACAUGGAAGAUGCGGAGGAAGGAUAUGGGGACCCACAUGAAGGAGAAGAAAGUGAAGGUGAAUAUGUUCAACUUGAACAAGAAGAUGUUGGUGUCAGUUUGGGAACAACUAAAGGGAAAGGCAUCAUGCAUGGAGGUGGUUCUUCUGCAACUGCAACCAGAAAAAGAAGAGGUGCAAGUAUAAGUUCAGUUUCACGAGGACGUGGCAGAAGUCAGGGUCGUACUGGUGGUGGUAGAGUACCUACUAUGAGGUCGAGCAAUAUGUCUGGUUCGAUCAAGAAUUUUUUUCCCAAUUAUACUGCUGCUGGUGCUCAGCCUGAGAUUCGUAUAGCCAUGCAAUCAAAGGAUAUUAUUGAAGCAGCAGAUGAAACCAUAGGAAGGUGGUUCUAUGAUGCAUCCAUUCCCUUCAAUGCAGCAAACUCUUAUCAUUAUCAGCCUAUAGCAGAUGCGAUUGCUAGUGUAGGGCGAGGGUAUAAAAUGCCCUCUUUUCAUAAAUUGCGAGGUAAAAUUCUCAACAAUAUAGUUAGAGAUGUGAAGACAUAUUGUGAUGAACUAAAAUUGAGUUGGAAAGCUACAGGAUGCAGUGUAAUGGCAGAUGGGUGGACAGACAUCAAGAACAGAACAUUGGUAAACUUCCUUGUAUAUUGCCCUCUUGGUACUAUGUUCUUAAAAUCUGUUGAUUUGUCUGAUACUCCGAAGACUGCUGAUGUGUUGUUUGGGAUUUUUGAUAAAGUUAUAGAAGAAGUUGGGCCUGAAAAUGUCGUACAAUUUAUCACUGAUAAUGCAGCAAAUUAUAAAGCUGCAGGUGAAAUGUUAGCAGCACGAUAUGGGACAUUUUAUUGGAGUCCAUGUGCUGCUCACUGUGUAAAUCUUAUGCUUCAGGAUCUUGGUGAAAGGGAUGAUAUGAAGUUGACAGUUCACAGAUGCCAAGAAAUCACGAAGUUUAUUUACAAUCAUGCUUAUGUCUUGAAUUUGAUGAGGAAAUUCACAAAUGGGGCUGAAUUGAUUCGACCUGCACAAACACGGUUUGCUACAAAUGUUUUGACUGUGCAGGGUAUAGUCAAGCAAAGAUCUUCUCUCAGGCAGAUGUUUUCAAGUGAUGAUUGGGCUGCAUAUCCACAUGCCUAUAAAAGAAAGGCUACGACAGUUGUGGAUACCAUCUUCGAUGUUGACUUUUGGGAAUCAUGUGUGCACUUAUUGAAGAUUUGUGUACCUCUAGUGAAAGUCCUCAGAUUAGUUGAUAGUGAAGAUAGACCUUCUAUUGGAUAUUUAUACGAGUCUAUGGAUAGAGCCAAGGAGGCCAUUAGAGAUAAUAUGAAGGGAAAAAAGAAGUUGUACAUGCCUAUAUGGAAGAUUAUAGAUGAAAGGUGGUCUGGACAACUUCAUCGCCCACUUCAUGCGGCAGCCUACUACCUAAAUCCUGCCAUUAGAUAUCUUCCCACUUUUAAGAAGGACAGAGAGGUCGAGUAUGGCAUGUUGGAUUGCAUUGAUGUAUUAGUAAGUGAUAGUAAAGAACAAGACGCUAUCCAUAUGUCGAUCAACAAAUAUGAUACGGCUUCUGGUACCAUGGCGAGAGACACAGCAGUUCGAUGCAGGACAACUAUGCGUCCAGAUUUGUGGUGGGAAAGGUUUGGGCUUGAUUGCCCAGAAUUAAGGAAGCUUGCAAUUAGAAUCCUCAGUCAAACAUGUAGUGCAACUGGAUGUGAAAGAAAUUGGAGUGUAUUUCAGCACAUCCAUAGUAAGAAGAGGAAUAGGCUGGAACAUAAAAGGUUGAAUGACCUUGUUUAUGUUCGUUAUAAUAUGAAGUUGAGACAAAGGCAACUAGAAACAACAUCUACGAGGAAGCAUCACAAUCAAUAUGAUCCUAUCUUCAUUGACCAUUUUGAUAUAUUAGAUUCUUGGGUUGAAGAAGAACCAGCUGCAAUACUUGAUGAGGACGAUCUUGAUUUUUUGAAUGUUGAAGGAGCGGCAGAGAUUGUUGAAGAAGGAGAGGCUGGGGGGGAGCAAUGGAAUGUUGGUGACAUUCCAUUUGCAACAGAGGGGAUAGAAGAAGAAGUUAAUGAAGGAAGUGAAGAUGAUGAUGAAGAAUGAAGAUGAUGAUGCAAAUGACGAUUGACGAUGCUUUUUGUUUUGAGUUUUGAAAACUAUGUCAAUAUGUUCUGAGUUUUGACUUCUGAACUUAUGAAUUGUGAUGUAAUUGAAUACUCUUAGGUUGUUUAGUAUGUUAUUUUGUUUUUUGAAUGUUUGAUUUCUUAUUUUGGAAUGUCUUGUUCAUAUGCAUAGCUCACAGGUCAUACUUCAUAUACAUGAAUGAUGAAUGUUCCUUUAAAUACAUUUUUCUUGAAUUUUUCUGAUUUUUUUUCUAUUUUUUAUAAAUUUUUAAUAUUUUUUACAAAUUAAAAAAUUAAUUUUACGAUACGUUACGAUACAUUUACGAUACGUUACGAUACGGCGUAUAGGUCGGCCCGACCGAUACACGAUACGAUACGACAGUGAUAACAUUGCCUGUGAGGCUUUGUGUGCCAAAAACUCUCAUACUCAGAUCUGUCAAUGCUAACUGUGACUAUAGAUCCAAAGGAGGAGGGAUUCCCAGUUCCUGUAUAAUCAUUGCCACCAUCUGGUUUGUUAAUCUCGGCCAUAAUGAACAUUGCAGCGAGCGCCAAAACAAUUUUGCAGCAGUUUGAACACACAAAAGAACGUCCAACUUGUAAUUAAUCAGUCAGGUAAGGGGUUGAUCAACAACACAGAACUCAACAAUAUCACUCACAGUCGCAGCACCACUGUCACACGUCAAGGGGCUGAUCAGACUGCCACAUGUCACUAAUGUCACAGCGAUGAUUAUGCCAACAUCUUCUAAGUAUAUGUAUACUUUUUCAAAGUCAGACGUGAGCAGUAAUAUCAUAAGCUGUGCAUAGACAUAACGACAGCCAACAAAAAACUUAUUUUCAGACAACUUCAGAACUUUCAACUUGACCUCAAACUUCAACGACAUAAGAAAACAGUGUUGUGCAUCAUUCUACGACUUCCACUACAAAAAAAAAAUCAGACUUGCUUGCACGACAUUGGUUUCCUCCACACGACUUCAAGAAUGCAUCGACCUAAGGUUUUAAGAAACCCUAGGUUGAGCAAACGAAUCUGCCCAAGAUGUGAGCAGACUUGCUCACAGAAGUCUGCCUAGAAAAUCAGACGUGAGAGAGUACAAAGGAAGUACCAAUAGAUUGCGUAGGUCCCCAAAUGUUCAUAUUACAGUCGGCAGUCUUGAGAGAGCAACGUCCUUAAGACAUUAACUAAUGUAGACUCCCACACCGUUGUGCAUAUAAAUUUCUGUUGAUGUCCACGACUUCAAUGUAUCUACAUCCAGAAAUUGAUAUAUUUUUUUUUAUCAGAUCUGAUAUGAUCCACAUUUCAGAACUGAGCAACGACCAACGUGAUCUGGCCCGAACUUCUUCUUCAAUAGCAGCAACUAAGAAGCUUCGGAUACAACCCUUUGUAGUCUUCCGCAUGCCAAAUAAAAAAAAAUUGUUCCACAGCAACUCCCACGCGCAACUUCCACGUAGUUGCUUAUGCUGCACUACAUCCAUGUUAGGGACCUAAUCACACAUACCUCUCAUGUGGGAUUAGAUUCCCCUUCCACGCUGCUCCACUAUUUCUCGAUCAGCAGAGAGAAGAGAGAAAGAAAAGAAAAUAAAUAGGAAGAGAUAGGAGAGAUAGAAUAGGAGAAGAGGUCGCCGGAAAAUCACGUCAACUGUCACCGGAGAGGGAUGGAGACCCCUGGCUCUAAUACCAUGUUUCAAAAGAUGGAGAAAAGAGAGGGAACAAAAGAGAACGAGAGAGAGAGAGUGAGAAUAAACUAUCGUACCUUCAUUGCUAACCCUAAUCUCUUAUUUAAAGAGAGAAUAGGGGUCAGCUAGAGUCUUUACACAAGAGUGACACAUAAAGAUAUAAAUGACUAAAGAAGACUCUAACUUUUAAAUAAUCAGAAAACUACCACACUUAAAUAUAAACUUUCUAAUUUCAACACAAGGCAAAGAA